UAGCAUGAAUUCGCAAACAAAUAAACAAUCAAGUGCAGUGAAUGCGUUGGCGGCUGCAUUCGAAUGUCAAGAUAUCUCCACAUUAACGAAAUGUGCGAACAUAUUCUCUCAAAGCAAUGGUAACGCGCAGGACAGCAAAGAUGUGGCUAGAUUUCACGCUAAGAUGAAUGCAAAGGAUCCACGUUUUGCUAAUCUAUUAAUGCGGACCAUCGAUGCUUUGCGUGCGUCACCACAUAUCCGUGAUGUGGAUGCUUUGGUUGAGGUGCUUUUCAAAUGCAGAAUGCAGCAUAUAUUUUACUCAAGAGGUCGCGAGCGACAAGAGGUGAGAGGAUCUCCCAUGUCUCCCUACUUCAGCAGACGUUCAGCAAGCAGAGGAAAGCUGCAUAAAAUAGAUAACGUUCGAUCUGACUACAACAACCACAUUCCUAGUGCUUCUGUGAGCUCUCCACAAACGCCCUCUCUUUACAACAGCACGAGUUCCAUCAGCACUCCAUUGACAUCUGCCAACAAUCCUUUGUUUGGAUCAAUUGCUUCCGCAUCUUCGACUGCCAACUCCACACAAUCGAAUGAUCAUGCCAGAGUGUUACGUCAUCGAUCUAGUAUGGAAAGAGCUCCUUUACAAUCGAGAAUGGGAACUGUUGCUACUGUUGCUGAGAAAGCGUUGUGUACGGAGUUAUGUGGUGCCUUAGUAGGAUUGGAAGGAUCAUACUUUCGAAGUGACGCUCAGGGAUAUAUGCGUGUACUGGAGUCCUGCUCCUUGUUAAAGUCGCAAAAAUCUGUUGUAGAAAGUAUCUUAACAUUGGCACAUAUGUAUGCUGAUAUUGUGCGGUUACAGUCUCAGAACUCCGAAGAUUUUUUUGUACAGGCAUUUUGUACGUCGUCACAGGACAUCAUCGAGGAGUAUAUCCAUGACGUUGGAGAAAUUCCCGUUAUUUGUCGGCCACUCACGUUGAUACGUGUUGCUGCUGCUGUUGAAGUAUGGAGAGAUCGCCUGACAGAAUUGCGUCGCUUGCAUAACCUAAGUCGUGAGCGAGGAACAACGCUUCUGGAACGGAUGCAUAGCGUUUAUAGUUCUGUAUGGCCAAAUUUUGUCGUUGACCAGGUAAUGCACAGAUGUUCGGAGAUGCUAUGCCGUUCUAUUUCCCGUCUUGUAAGUGGCUGUGAGGUCGAGGAAAAUGAUGAGAAGGCUCUUCAGCGAUAUCCGAUGGACGUUGAUCACCUGAUGGAGAUCCCCUCGUUUUUGUCACCGUGGACUGCUAAUUAUAUUAUGAAGAUUGAAAAAUCGUGGAAAUCGAUGGACUGUAAGAAAAAUACUGAGAAUUUGGAUAAAGCUAAGAACAUAAUCGCGACACAAUUGACCCCGAAAGCCUUUUAUCUCCUCCGUGAACGGUACAAGCUUGAAAGAGUUGUAAGCGACGUCUGCAGCCUUGUUUGUGGCAAUGUAGUGCGUUCGUUUGUGAAGGAAUAUCACAUAAUGGAUCACUUUGAUGCCGCUCGUUGUUUUCUUUUGCUGCAUGAUCCGACGUUUUCACUCAGUCUCUACCAGAAAUUUUGCGAGAGUACUCAUGGGCUUCGCAGCAAGCUAUCACAGCGAGACGCUAGCAAUGCGCUAGUGGCUGCAGCGGCCAUGUCACCCAUCGUCAAGCGAUUUCCUUUCCGUGUGAAUUUGGAUACAUUGUCAUCAGUAGGUGUUUCACUGUUUGUGCAACCGCUUCAUCCCUUCUAUCAUCCUGCAGAACCAGUCUUGAAAAUCUUCAGUGAGACAGACAGAAAAUAUGAAGCACUAUUUCAAUUCGUAUGGCCUGUCGAAAUGUGCUUGUUCAUGCUUUCUGAGAGUACCACUUCUAUGGGAGAGACACCCAUUCGAAGAAGAAAUAAACAUGAAUCUUCUUCGUUACGGCUCAUAUCAAGUCUGCUGACAUGUGCUGAACGAGUUCUCCUUCGAAUCCGGAUAUAUAUAGUUGAAAUGGUGAACCAAUGGUUCAAGAAACUUCGUUGUUGGAUAGACGAGGCUAUAGAUUACGAUUCGAUCGUAGAUGCUCAUCUCAAAUAUCUGGAUGGUUUGACUACAUCAUUCUUCUUGCAGAACGAUACUGAGGAAAUCUAUGGAAUUAUCCUUUCUAUAAUUCAAAUAUCAUACGAUCUCUGCAAUAGAUGCAAUGAAUUUUUUGCGGAUUUGGAAUCCAAUGAAACACCUUCAUCAGACAGUCUCACUCAGUUUGCCGUGAUUCGCGUCAAAUUACAGAAAAUACUGCCCACUUUCAUUGCACGUGUACAAGAUCUCGCCAAGCAGCAGAACAGUACUGCAUAUGCCACCUUGAUAGGAAUUGGUGAUUAAAAGCCCUCAUAUCAAUAUCAUUUGGGUAUCACAUGUAUUGCUCAAAAUGACGUCAAUGGUUGUAAGUUACAACGCUGGGUGUUGAGCAUACUUCGUACAAGUUGGUACUGGAUGUUUCCAUGACUAGUUUGACUUUGCGCAAGAAAGGACGAUACGUUUGCUUAAUUUUACAAAGGCAUGCCCCAAAAGCGUUCAUCCCAUGGAACCACGCGAGGUAUGCUCAGCCUCAUGAUAGUUUGAUUGUGGGGUUAAAAAGAAUUUUCUC